ACAAAGAUCUGUACACAGACGUCAUGAUGGAGGAUCGCCGGCCCCUCAUAUUACCAGUUAAGGAAGAGAGAACAACACCUGAGAGAUGUCCCAGUCCUUAUCUUCCACAGGAUAACUCAGAAGAACAUCACUAUGUCCCACAGGAUGAACAGGUAGAUGGAUAUAAGGACGUCAUGAUGGAGGAUCACCGGCCUCUUACAUCACCAGUAAAGGAAGAGAUAAGCACACCGGAGAGAUGUCCCAGUCCUCUUCCUCCACAGGAUGGUUCAGAAGAACAUCAGAAUGUACUACAGGAUGAUCAGCUUGUGAAUCCGGGUGAAGAUCUGAAAUAUAUUAAUCCUACAAAGACAUAUGUGAGGGGUGAUGAGCAGAGUACAGAGGACAUUCCUACAGAUAACCGCCCAGAUGACUGUACCAGGAACUUAGAGAAACAUCUUAUAUCUUCAGAUUUUGAAGUAGAUCAUUGUUUUAUCACACAAGAUACAUUUGAAAAUCAAGCCAAUAUCCAAGAUAUACCCUCAUCCGUUCACAAGAAAAAUGUAUCAUUUGAUUAUUUUAAACAGGUCCAAUCUUUUGAUUCAUCACAGACUUUAACACAAAAUAAAAGUCACAUAAGAGGUGACCACAUAAGGGAGAAGCCAUAUUUAUGUUCAGAAUGUGGUGAAUGUUUUAGGCAGAAAUCGGCUCUUGUUAUACAUCAGAGAAAUCACUCAGCAGAUAAGCCAUUUUCAUGUUCAGAAUGUGGGAAAUGUUUUCAGUAUAAAUCAGGCCUUGUUAUACAUCAGAGAAAUCACACAGGGGAGAAGCCAUUUUCAUGUUCAGAAUGCUGUAAAUGUUUUCAGUAUAAAUCAGGUCUUGUUAAACAUCAGAGAAAUCACACAGGAGAGAAGCCAUAUUCUUGUUCAGAAUGUGGUGAAUGUUUUCAGUAUAAAUCGGGUCUUGUUGCACAUCAGAGAAAUCACGCAGGAGAGCAGCCAUUUUCAUGUUCCGAAUGUGGGAAAUGUUUUAAUCGAAAAUCAAGUCUUGUUACACAUCAGAGAAAUCACACAGGAGAGAAGCCAUUUUCAUGUUCAGAAUGUGGUAAAGGUUUUAAGCAUAAAAUAAGUUUUAUUAUCCAUCAGGGAAAUCACACAGGAGAAAAGCCAUAUUCAUGUUCAGAAUGUGGUAAAUGUUUUAACACUAAAUCAUCUCUUCUUUACCAUCAAAUAAUUCACACAGGAGAGAAGCCAUAUUCAUGUUCAGAAUGUGACAAAAAUUUUAAGCACAAAUCACAUCUUGUUAUACAUCAGAGAUAUCACACAGGAGAGAAGCCAUUUUCAUGUUCAGAAUGUGGGAAAUGUUUUCACCAAAAAUCACAUCUUGUUAGACAUCAGAGAAUUCACACAUAAGAGAGGCCAUCUUCAUAAAACUGGAUACCCACAAGAGCUGGUAUCCAGAUAUGUGGAAAAAGGGGUGUUAUUCACACUAGAGAGAGGGGCUACCACUGAUAAGAGUAAGUCUGUCUGUGUGACACAUUGUAAAUCUAUGGGACUAGUGUAUCUUUUAACCAUAUUUGGUCAAGCACAAAACCAGGGCCUGAUAUAAAAAGAUAACGAUCUACCUAUUCCAGCCCCAGUCUGUACUACCACUAUAAGUAUUAUAACAUUAAAAAGAAAUAUGGACUUGUCAGGAAACCGUCAGCUCUGGUCUUACUGGACACAUUUCAUCAGUAAUGUGCAAGUUCUCCCAAAAAGUGACCCAGGCUACGAUUGCCUCAUUACAUAGAAGCCAUUACUCAUCUUCCUAGAGAAAUAUCUUCUUAAUCUGCACACCCUGACCAAAAUGUGCCUGUAGAUAAAUCCAACAAGUGGGGUCCCCACCACUCCUGUAUUUGUAGAAGUCAUGUGGUUCGCUCAUCUCACAUGAAUUUACCAGUGGGGGAAUCCUUGGUUAUUUUCUUUGUUAAGUUUUAUAAUUGAAGAUGACUUGAUAUAAAAUGUAUUUAUUGGA